AUGCCUUCAUUAAGUGACCGUUUGAACAGAAUAGUGACUGGUGUAGCAAGUUCCUGGGCACAAUUUGUUAAUAACGUAGCAGCCUGGUCUCAAGUAGAAAUCUUCACGGAGGACGCAGUGACCACUGCAGUCGAGUGUUGGCAAUGGCUGACCACAUCCCGACCAGAUAUGGAGCUGAGAUUGUUGCAAGAGAUUUUCGCCGCUUGGCAGUGCACUGUGGAUCGCAAAAUGGGCCUGUUCUCUAAACAGGCCGAGGAGAUCAGUCCGUUGGCUGCUUAUGAAGGAGCAGUACUCGAGCCUCGUCCACCAUUCGUAGCGCCACAUGCUGUAUGGGUGCGAUACUUGUGCGAAGUUGCAGAUACUGCCAAAUACAACAGCCUAGAAAAGGUUGAAAUGCUUGCCAGUUUGUUACACAGAUGUCUACCCAUUACCGUGGGUGACAUGAGAGGUGAACACAUUAACAGACACGUGGAAGCUGUUGGAGUAAGAUUCAAACUUCUAUCCUGCGGUCUGUCCCUCCUCCAAGGCGACAUCCUACCUCGUUCUCUGGCUCGCAACAUUCUCCGCGAACGAGUCUACAGUGUGUCCCUAGAUUACUUCUGUCGAGGAUUGCAGUGCCCUUCGCGAAGCAGCGGGGCUUUGAGGGAGGAUAUCAUAUCUUUGAUCAAAUUCUGGCAGCUUAUGCAUUCCGAUAAGAAGUACUUGAAAUGCAGCGAUAUUGGAGGUGAAUUCGAUCUUAUGGGCCCGAGCAGUCAACAGAGCGUGUACAUGUCGAGCUCACCAACUGAUAACAGAUCAUCUGUGAAUAGCAGUGACAUUGGAAGUCGACAAACCACCGGGUGGAUUAAUACUGUGCCAAUGUCAACAACGACUUUGAGUAGCGGGGCAGGCAGCAUAGCGGGCAAGCGUUCCAACCGCAGCGUCAAACCACCCGCCAAGCCGCAAGACCAGUUCGUCAAAGACUACGUUAAAAAGAGGAACCUUAUUUUGGAACUUAUG